CAUGAAAUUUGGAACGCGACAGCCUCGUUGUCAAAAAAUAGAUUGCAUCAGCUCAAUUUCCAACUUUUCCUCAAGUUUUCUGCGAAAAGAAGCUCUUUGGAUCAGAUUCCUGUGAAUUGAAAAAGAAUUAGAACAAAAAUUAUUCAAAAAUGGUGUUAACGUGCCGGUUUUACAAGCAAAAGUAUCCCGAGGUUGAGGAUGUCGUGAUGGUGAAUGUUCGUUCGAUCGCCGAAAUGGGUGCUUAUGUGCAUCUCUUGGAGUACAACAACAUCGAAGGCAUGAUUUUGUUGUCGGAAUUGUCGCGUCGUCGUAUCCGUUCGAUAAACAAGUUGAUCCGUGUCGGCAAGACAGAGCCCGUUGUCGUAAUUCGUGUCGACAAGGAAAAAGGUUACAUCGAUUUGUCAAAGCGACGUGUCAGUGCGGAAGAUGUCGAAAAGUGCACAGAACGAUUUUCCAAGGCGAAAGCUGUCAAUUCCAUCUUGCGACACGUCGCCGACAUCCUCAAAUUCGAGAGCAACGAGCAACUGGAAGAGCUGUACCAAAAGACGGCGUGGUAUUUCGAGGACAAAUACAAGAACAAAGCAGCUGCUUACGACGUCUUCAAGCAAUGCGUUUUGGAUCCUUCCGUUUUGGACGAAUGCAAUUUGGAGGAACGCACAAAAGAGGUGCUCAUGAGCAACAUUAAGCGAAAACUCACAUCGCAAGCGGUCAAAAUUCGCGCCGACAUCGAAUGCGCUUGCUACGGAUACGAAGGUAUUGAUGCCGUGAAGACCGCGUUGCGUGCCGGCUUGGAAAUGUCGACGGAAGAGCUGCCAAUUAAAAUUAAUCUCAUUGCGCCGCCGCUGUAUGUCAUGACGACAUCGACGCCCGAGAAGGCUGACGGCUUAAAAGCACUCGAAAUGGCGAUUGAAAAAAUCAAGGAAACGAUCACGGGACUCGGGGGUGUCUUUAAUACGCAAAUGGCGCCGAAAGUUGUGACAGCAACGGAUGAAGCCGACUUGGCACGACGAAUGGAGAAGGCUGAGUUGGAAAAUACGGAAGUUGCGGGCGACGACGAUGACGAAGAAAAUGAGGAAGGCAUGAAGUUUGAUGGCGAUGCUGGAGAUAAUGGCAAGGAGGGCGAUAGUGAGGAAGGAGAAGAAGAGGAAGAAUAAAUUGUUGAGUGAGUUUCGCGCUUUUUUUUUA